AUGGAAUCAAAUUCUACUAGCGAUAAGGAUGAAAAAGUGCCUGGGGCGAGUGCCGUCGAUAUUGAUUCGGGGCAAAACAACCUUAUGUCUAACACUACUUAUCUUAAGAAAGAAAAUGCUGAGAUCCUGGACCACAAAAGUCUGCAUUCCUUUACGCUGUCUGAUCUUCUUGAUGAAUUCGUAAAUAAAGACAAUAUAUCUGAAUCUGCUAUUGAUCAAGCCUUGGUUUUGUUGAGACUUUCGCCAACUACUCUUGUCGAUGUUGAUGAGUCUGCUGUUGUUGCCUUUUUGUUGACCGCGGUAGAAAAAUCAGAUGAACGCGUUGCAUCGAAAUAUCUGCUUCUUUUGUCGAGUCUUCUCUCUUUCACGGUUUCUUCGAGGAGUUUACGCCUUAUUGUCCAUUAUCUAAUGGCUUCAAACAAGAUUUGGAUGUUGGUGAUUCCUCCGAUUUCCAAAUUCCCGUAUCAGAACGGCUGGACUUUUCAGACUUGGAUCUACAUUGACCCAUCCCUAUGUAAUCUCAGAGAAGUAAAGCCUCGUUACCUUUUUAGUUUCCAAACUGAUAAGGGACUUGGAUAUACUGCCCAUUUCCUGGGCACUUUGUUUAUAGUUACCUCAAUCAGGGCUAAGGACAAAGGACUACAACACUGCGUCCCCGCGGAAUUCCACCCAUGCAGAUGGUACAUGCUGACCAUUGUAUUUGUCUAUAAUCGUUGGACCAAGUCGGAACUAAGAUGUUAUGUUGAUGGGAAAAUCACUUCCAGUGUCGAAAUGGCGUGGCCAAUCGCGGGGUCAGACCCCUUCGAAAGGUGCGUCAUUGGUGGAUCUUUCGACCAGAGGGAUGAGAACCUCUUCUCUGGGCGCAUUGCUUCCAUCAUUGGAUUCACGGAAGCUCUGUCACCUCAGCAAAUUUCUGCAUUGUAUACUCUAGGCCCGAACUACAAGGCAGGGUCAACUGAAAUUUGA